AUGGCGUCGUCGUUCAUGUCGCAGGUGCUGCUGCGCGUGCUGCGCGUGCUGCGCGCGUACAUCCGCGAUGCCGACGGCGCGGCGGCGUCCGACCUCAGCGUGUCGCUUUCGGGCGGCUCCCUCACUCUCAGAAACUUCGAGCUCAACCUGCCAGUCCCCCCUCACGUGCGCGUGGCGGUGCGGCGCGCGUGGGUGGGCGAGCUGCGCGUGAGCAUCCCGUGGGCCGCGCUGGGCUCGCACCCCGUGGCCGUGGCGCUGCAUGGCGUGCGCGUGCACGUGGAGGCAACGGGGGGAGGGGGGGUUGGAGGGCAGGGGACGGAGGGGAAGGAGAGGGUGUGGAGUGGAGGGAAUUGCGGUGGCAAGGGGGGCGAGGAGGGUGCAAGGGAAAGUGGGGGGGGCGCUGGGGGGCAGCAGGGGAUGGGGCCAAAAGAGGGUGAGCGGGGCGGUGGUGGGGGCGAGAGGGGGGGCGAUGGAGCAGGGAAGGAGGAGGAGGGCGGUGGUGGUGGGAGCGACACGGACUCAGAGUCGUCGCAGGGCAGCAGCAGCAGCGAGGCGGGGCAUGCGAGGGAGGAGCUGGCGGAGCUGCUGGCGCUAGGGGGGCUGCGGGCGUUCUUGCAGCACACCGUGCUGAACGCGAGUGUGACUGUAACGGACGUGCUCCUGCAGUACUCCACGCCGUCUGCUGUGCUGUCUCUGCGCUGCGAUAAGCUCCUCCUCCACUCCACUGCACCUGACUGGACCCCUGCCUUUGUGGUGCGCGCUGCUCCCACCCUCCUGCUGUGCUGCUUCUCCUAUCCAUUCAUGCCCAUCUUUCACUCGCACAGCAUCGUGCUGCACCCCUCCCCCUCCAAGCGCCCCUGUGCCCUCGUCGCCUUGCCUGCAACGCACACGCAUUCAACUCUCCUCACAUCCUUCCCAGCCACCAGAGGAAGGCGUGAGGAAGUGCCGCUCCUCUCCGCUGUGUCCCUCACCUCCCGCAUCGCCAUCACCCCGCCCUGUGUUGCUCUUGCCGUGCCCCAGCGCGCCUGCCUCUCCCUGCGCCUGCUGCCCCUCGCCCUCUCCGCCUCGCCCUCCCACCUCGCUGCUCUGCUCAGCGCCGCACACUCAUGCCGGCACGCAUGGGGGAGAGGCGCUGGGGCACAGGGAGUAGGGGGGGCGGAGGGAGCGGGGGAAGCAGUUGGAGGGGGCGUGGAAGAGAAGGGGAGUGGAACGGAGGAGGGAGGCGGGCAUGGCAAGGGCAGAGGUGACAGCGGGGAUGCGAUGGGUGGGACAAGAGAAGCAGCUGAGAAGCUUCUGGUAUCAGCAAGUGAGGAGGGAGAAAAGGCAGCAAAGGAGAGGGCGGGUGGAAUGAUGGAUGGGCUGCAGCAAGAAGGGCAGCAGGGGGGGCAGCAGGGGGGGCAGCAGGGGGGGCAGCAGGGGGGGCAGCAGGGGGGGCAGCAGGGGGGGCAGCAGGGGGGGCAGCAGGAGGGGCAGCAGGGGGGGCAGCAGGGGGGGCAGCAGGGGGGGCAGCAGGGGGGGCAGCAGGGGGGGCAGCAGGGGGGGCAGCAGGGGGGCCAGCAGAAGCGGGGAUUGUUUCACAGCAUGGGGCGCGUGAUUGGGUGGGUGCAGCAGCUGUUUGAGGAUGAGGAGGACGAUGAGGCGAGCAGCGGCGGCGCUGCUGUGGCAGCCACGGGGCAAAGUGCGUUGUCAGUGCGAGCUGCUGCUGCUGCUGCAGCAGCGGGUGGUGGUUUGGAGAGUGAGGAGAUCUGGGAGUGGGCCACGGGGUACGAGGCGGGUGUGCACUUUGACUUGGCAGCCACUGAUUGGUCCGUGGCUGCGCUGCUAGAGGGCGCUGAGCUGUCUCUUGUGAGCAGUGCGGGCGACGGCAUGGAUGGCAGUGGUGGCGCAUCCGUGUGCUGUGAGGGCCAUGCCGCCGGCCUCACUGCAGACGAAUGCCACGGAGCACCUGCACCUCCAAGCCUUGACCUGGGCCUUGCCGGCCCAGCCUGCUAUCCGAAGCUGGAGUGCAGGCUCGGGGCCGUGCUGGUGGAGGCGGAGGGGCGGGGCCGGGCGGUGCAGGCAGCGAGUGUGAAGGUGGGGCCCGUGGCAGUGGCUGUGGCAGUUCCAGGGAGCAGCGCUUCAGGUGCCUCUUCAGGUGCCGAUACACAUGUUCCUUCUGGUGGCUCGGAUCCCGCAGCAGUAAUACCGUCUUCUCUCCGUCCUCUUCUCCGCCUGCACACGCGGCAGCAGGCAGGCGAGGCAGGGGCAACAGCAGUGGGGGGCCGAGGGGAGGGCGCGGUGGGGUCGUAUGGGAGCCUGCAGGCGCCGCUGCUGCACUCCCUCGCCCCCCUGGGUGCCGUGCUGCCUGCACACACAGCAGCAGGGGGAGAGCAACACACGGGUGCUCGCGGGGCGCGAAGACAAGGGGCAGCAGGGGGGAGUGCGAGUCGGGGAGGGAAGGAAGAUGAGGAGGGGGAGAGUGUGGGGGAGUGUGAGGAGGGGUGGAGUGUGGAGGGAGUGUGGUGGCGUGGGUUGCGAGUGGCAGAGGCGUUUGAAUCCUCGCAGGCUGCUGGGCCGUUGGGGCUCACUGCUGACGUCAGCCUCUCGCUACACGUGGGACUCGUGGCAGUCUCCUACUGGCCGGGCAUGUGCAGCACUGUGCUGCGGUGGUGGCAGGACGUGCAGGCAUGCCGUGGUGGUGGAGGUGGGGAAGUGGGAGGGGCUGUGAGAGGGGACGGGUGGCUUACACAAGAGGAGCCCAGAGCUCCACUGCCUCUCGCCCCCACUCCCUCGUCCCCAGGCAGCGGUGGUGGAUGGUUGGGGUGGGUGGCGCGGGUGAGCAGCGCCGAGGUGGGAGGGGACGGGGUGACUGUGCGCAUGGCUGGCAGCAGUAGCGGGGGAAGCUGCGGCUUGGAGCAGAAGCUGCAGAGGGGGGCCGAGGGUGAGGGUGAGGGCGAGGGUGUGAGUGUGAGCACGGGGCGAGUGGCGGUGUGGAAGAGGCCAGCGAGAUGGGUGGGGGACGAUGGCAGGGCGUGUGAGGGAAGCAGGGCGCGGGUGACAGUGACGCUGCAGGCACACAUGCACUCUCUGGACAACGCCCAGCUGUGCCCCGCCACGCUGCUCCACCCAGCCUCUCUCCGCGUCGACUGCACGUGGUCCACUGCUGCUGCUGCUGCCGCCUCGUCACCUCAAGCACCAGCCGCGCCACAACGGCUGGCAGCAGCAGCACCGCCAGCUGGAUCAUUUGUGCGGCCUGAAUUGGCUGCUGGUGGAACGCGUAGCAGUGGGGGUGGGGAAGGGAUUGAGGGCGGGUUUGCUGUGAUGGGGGAGGGGGGCAUGCAGCAUGGGGCGAGGGGGGGAAGCGAGGGUAUGGUGGAAGCCAGCCUGGAUGCCGUCUCUCUGCAUGUCUCCCGCCCACAGGCCGCCUCUCUGCUGGCCAUGGCUGCUGCUGCGCUCAGAGAUGUGAGCUGCAGUGCACGUGGCGUUGGUGCCGCCACGGCAUCAGUAGCAGAACCACCAGGCAGCACGGCAGGGUCAACUGCAACAGCACAGGCUGCAGCAGCCGUGCCAGCAGCCAUGCCAGCAAGCGAGCUGCGGGGCGUGGCUAAGCACGCACGCGUCCUGGAGGCAGCAGCUGAGGUGAUGUCAAUGUGGAGCCACAUGCCAUCCUUAUCCUCAUCACCACCAGCAGCGCCACAGCCCUCAACUGACUCCCCGUGGUGCUGGCAGCACGUGCAGCAGCAGGUGGGGGCGUUCUGCCAUGUGCGGGCGUGCAGUGUGGUGCUGGCAGGGGGAUGGCGCAGCGGCCGCUCUCAGCCCGCCAGCCCCACACUGCGAGAGGCGUGGCUGCAGCCGGCGGUGCUGCGAGGGCAGGCGCAUGGAGGGCACACGUGGGUGAAGCUGUCCGUUGAGUCUCUAUCGGUGGAGGCACUGCAUGCACUCAGCCUCUCCCUACAGCCGUCGCCCCCCGCCUCAGCAGCCCUAUCGGCGUCCUUCCACUCAUCCAUCGGCACACGCCCCCCCAUGCGCCCUGCCAUGUUGCCACCCUCCACUCAAGCCGCUGCGGCGCAGCACGCCCACCCAGGCACCAGCGCUGCUGCAAGUGGUGCUGACGUCACGCUGCACUUGGGUGACGUCAUGGUGGUGGUGUGGGCGGAUCCUCUUGUGCACUUACACGGGCUAAUGGCUGCUGGCAGUGUGGUGAGAGCACAGGAGAUCGAGGUGGAGAGCGGUGGAGACAGGUGGGAUGGAGAAGGCCGAGGAGCAGGGGCGAGUGGGGAGAGGGGAGCAGACAGAAGAGAUGGAGGGGGAGAGGAGGGAGGAGGGAAGGGAAAGCUGGCAGGUGGGGGAAUGGGGGCAGUAGCACAGAUCAUGGGUGGGGUGGGAUGGGUGCAGGCAGCGGUGCAGCGGGGCAGUGUGAGCAUUGUGGCAGGCCCCUUGAGGGGCGCCAGGGGCCACAGCAGUGGCAGCGCACACAAUGGGGGGGGUUGCAGUGGGGGUGAAGGGGGAGGUGUUGGGGCGAGGGGAAAGGGCGUAGAGGGGCAUGGUGUGUGGGUGGCAGUGGGGCGGGCAGGCAUGAGAGGGCUGUCACUAUGUGUGAAUGAGGGGCGGGGUGGGAGCGCUGCAAGGGAGGCGGCGGCACAGAGGGGUGAGCAGGGUGGGGAAGAGCCCCCUGUGGUGUGCGUGCAGCGCGUGUGGGUGGACCUGGGCACGGCGUGCCUGCCCUGCUCACCUGCCCCCACGCCCCUUGCCACGCUAGAGGAGAGCCACGGCGCUGCAGGGAGCACACAGACGGACACGUGGCUGCGUGCGAUUGGCUCAGAAACCGUGGCUUCGCUGGUGCAGGUGGAGGGAGUGACGGUGGAGCGGGUGGGCGUCACUGUCUCGCGCCACCAGGUCGACACCCUGCUGCUGCUGCGCCGCCACCUCACCACCGCCCUGCUGCCUCUGCUGCGCCCACCUGCCACCACUGCUGCUGUCACCCAGCAAGGCAGGCAGGGCAGGCAGGGCAGCACAGAGAGGGGCAGCAGCAGCAGCAGCAGCAGCAGGUGCGUCAACGGUGCCAGCGGUGCAGUGACACGUGUCAGCAUGCGAGUGGUGGAGUGCACAGCAGCCGUGCCCCUAUGGGCGGCAGCCAGCCCCCCGGCAGUCAGCAGCGCCUUCCACGGCGCCCACUCGGCCCACCGUGCCUCCUCGCACCUCCACGCCACCAUCUCCCACUGCUGUCUCUCUGCCUCCAUAGCCCCCCUCCUGCCGUCCACAGGCAAUGCGCGCCCUGGUUGUUCCUCUGGUGCAGCAGCAGCACCGCCGGUGGUGCAUGGCAGCGUGGGGCGAGUGGCAGUGGAGGCGGUGAGGCAGGGCAGGCGCCAGGCAGGAGCACCCGGGGCCACGGGGCUUGCACCCGCAGGGGCGGCUGAGCAGCGCUUCACUCUGCUCGCCCUGCCGCACGCUGCCCUCUCACCGUCUUCCUCACGCGCCCCUCACCACCCCUCCUACACUCCCCCUCCUCACUACUCCCCUGCAGCAGCACACCCGCCUGGCAUGCCACCCCACCAGCACUCAGAGCCCAGCUGCCCUGCUCACCCUGCCACCCCCCCUGCUGCUGCUGCAGGCGCCCCUGCAGGCAUGACGUGGAGAGUGGUGGAGGAGGAGAGGCCGUGUGGUGGGGGCACAGGGGGAACGGGACGCAGGGCGCAGGGUGGGGUAGGGGAGGGAGAGGGAGAGCAGAGGGGGGGGUGGUGGGUGGAGGUGGAGGCACAGCCACUGAUGGUGGCGGCGGACGCUCGCCUCGUGCACGAGGUCAUCGCCACGCUGUACGACGUCCUCCCGCGCCUGCGCGCCCCCCCGCCACCACCACAGCAAUCGUCUGCGCGGCACACAGGGAGAGACGCUGCUGCCUGCUCUGCCACCCACCAUCCGGCAUGCAUGCCCAAACACGGCUCAUGCACACCACAGAAGCAGGCAGCCCCUAGGAAGGGAGAGGGCAGUGCCGCACCACCCAAAGGGUCUCUACCAGUGUCCCGGCUGUGGGGCGUGAAGGUGGCGAGUGGAGGCGCCCUCAUCUCGCUGCUCUCAGCCUUGGAAGCCUUCCACGCAUCCCAAGGCUGUGAAGGGUCACCCACCCCUGACACUGACACUCCCCGCGCUCACAAGCCGUGCCCAUCCUCCCCACCGCCCGCCUGUGUGUCGUCCCCCUCAGCGCUGUCCCGCCUGCCCCGCCUCUCCAUCUCCUCCCACUUGGUCGCUUCAGAUGACCUCGAACCCCACCCACCGUGGCAGGGAGACGCGCAGCAGCCGGGCGAGCAGCAGGGGGAGCAGAAGGAGAGGGAGGGUGUGGCAGGGGGAGCAGGCGUGUCAGUGGAGUUGGAGAGCUGCACGCUCACUCUCUCCCUCGUGCCCUCACUGCAUGACAUCCGCCGCACGGACCUCCUCUCCAGCCCCACGCUGCUCUCACACGCCCACACCACCGCACUGCACAUCACAGCCCUGGGCACCCCCUUCCCCCUGCGCCUCACCAUACAUGCCGACUUCGCCUCGCCCCGCCUCUGCCCCAAGGUGCUGCUGCCGCUCAUCCGCCUCGCCAGGUCACUGCGGGAUGCGUGGGCGGCAGCGAGGUCCGUGCGGGUGGCGCAUGAGGUGCAGGCGAGCAUCGAGGUGCAGGGUGCGCCGAGUGACGACCUGCGCAGUGGGGCGUUUGAGUGCAGCAGGGGGGAGGGGAGGGUGCAAGGGGGGGUGGCGGGGUGGGAGGAGGUGGGGGCGGGGCAGGUGGCGUGGGGGGAGGGCGUGGCCAGCAGAGACAGGCCGCUCAGCAACAGCUGCUUUGGGGAAGGCUGGAUCGCAUGGCGCUACCCCUACCCGCGUGCAGUGCACCAACUGGUCAUCACGGCACCUCUCCUUGCCGGUCCCCUGGCCUGGCGGCUGCCCCCCAUGGCGCUGCGCCUCGCCCGCUUCCACCCCGCCCACCGCACCUUCCACGACGCCCUGCCCCCCGUGCUCUGCCCGCCCUCCCCCUCGCCCUGCGCUCUGCAUGCUGCCCACGCCACCUGCCCCGCGUGCCCCCCGUGCCGCCCCAUCGUGCUGGAGCCGGAGCCGGAGCAGGGGGAGGGCGAGGGGGAGGGCGAGGCGGAGCUGUGGCUGCUCUCGUGGUUCGUGCCGCUCAACCCCGCUGACGUCAUGCACCCCUCCGCACCCGCAGGUCACCACCCCGCUCACGCUGCCAUGCAUGCACCCACCCGACCCGCAGCUGAUGCCGCCUCCUCUGUGCCUUUGUUUGCCCCCUCUGCCUCCCUCACCGGAGCAAUCUCUCUGCUCUCCACCGUGUACGGCUCGCACGCUGCUGCCACCAUCACUGCCGCCGCCACUGCUGCUGCCGCCUCAGCCCACGCCCCUGCCACGCAGGGCAUGCCGCGCGCCUUCCCCGCCCUGCCCGCGGGCCCCAUGCUAAACGCCCCCCUGGACACGCACGUGCUGCCCGCCUCGCUGCUGCUCGCCCGUCUGCUCAUCAACCCCACCAGCGCCGGCCCGCACACACGCCCACGCCUGCCCUCACCGCCCCUCGUGCCAUUCCUGCGCAUUGGGUUGGGCGGGCGGCUGGUGGUGGUGCGUGUGGUGGAGGAUGUGGAUGCGGGCGAGGGGCAGAUGAGGGAGGCGGUGGUGGUGGGCGGGGAGGGCGUGCGCGUGUGCGUGCACAUGUGGGCGCUGCACGCUGCUGCCACCGUGUGUGCCGAUGCCGUUGAUGCCAGCGACCUCACUCAGGUUGGUGGGGAGGGGUGCACGAGGGGCAUACAGCCAGUGCUGGAGCCGCUCCCCCUGCGCGCCUCCCUCAACGUGCUGUGGAAGCCCUUCUGGUCGCCCGCUCUGCUCUCCCGCCACCACCGCCACCCCCCCCGCUCCUCCCUCUUCUCCCCUCCCCACCCCGCCUCACCCCUUCGCCAGCCCUCCUCUCCCCCUCACGCCCACUCCUCCCACUCUUCCCACUCCUCCCCCUCCCCGCCCUCCUCGCCCCGUGCCCCGUGUGGGCCGCGCGACCCCUUGGACGUGCACGCGCCACCGUGCUCGCUGGGCAUGGCGGUGGCCGUGCAGGCGGGCGGGCAUGCACGGGACAGCUCAAGGGCGGGUGGGCGAGGCAAGGUUGGACGCGGUGGCAGGGGCUCCAACACAGGCGGCAGUGGCAGCAACUGGGGCAGCAGUGGCAGCAAGGGGGGUAGUAGUGGGGGUGGGGGCGAGGGGGGCGAGGAGCAUGGGGCGACGGUGCAUGUGAGGGCGGCGUCCCUGAGAGCGCUGCAGCGCCUGCUGCUCGCAUGGACGGGGCAAGGGAGCCAGACAGGCACCGGGCAGGGCGAGGUGGGCGGAGGUGAGAGGGGGUUGGGGGAAGCAGAGAAGAGGAGAGAGAAAAGGGGUGAGGUUGAGCAGGAGGAGAUGAAGGGAGAUGGGAGAGUGCAAGAGAGUGAGCAGAAGGGGUUGGCUUUGGGGACGAGUGAGGUGGAUGAGGGUGGUGCAGCAGAGGCGGGUGAAGGGGCGGCGGAGGAAAGCCCAAGAGGAAUGCCAUCACAGGCGCCGUCCUCUCCCCCGCUCCUCACAUCCCCAUCCCCCCCUCUGUUCGGGUACACUGUGGAGAACAGAUGCCCCGUGUUGCUCCACCUGGGUCAGCACGUCACACAAGAGGCCAUCCCCCUGCCGCCCGGCUGCUCACUAGGCUACAGCUGGUGCCGCCCACCCUCGCUUGUGCCGGGCGCCGUGUGCCAGCUGCGUGCGCGCGUCAGCCAAUGGGAGGGAAAGGGGCGGGGAGAUGGAAUUGAGGGGCGGGGAGAUGGGGCACAAGGGGCAGAGAGGAGUGAUGAAAAGUGUGUGGGGGGAGGGAAAGAAGGAAAAGGGUGGGAGGGGGUGAGCAUUGGAGGCGAUAGAUGGAGUGCGCAGCAUGCAUGUGGAGCAGCUGAAAAGGAUGACAUGGCACGUGGUGAUUGGUCAGCGCCGUUUGAGGUGGACACAGGGGGGCGGCACUCGUUCCUGCUCGCUGUUCCUGUGCUCCCAGACCGCCGCCUCACUGCCUCCGUUUUAGUCACCAUCACUCCCAAUCGUGGCUGCUUGGCGCACGUGCUCUUCACACCGAAUGUGCUUAUAUUGAAUCAGACGAGCCAGGGAUUGGCAGUGGAGAUGCAGGGCCCCGUGCUGCCAGUGGGGGGCAGCAGCAGCAGAGGGGAGGGCGAAGCAUGCAGAUUGCAGUUGGAGGGGCGUAGGAAGGGUGGCAGGGGGCAUGUGAGGCACGUGUUGGUGGCAGAGAGGAGGCGCGGUGGCAGGGGGGGCAUGGGAGGGGAUGAGCCGGUGAAUGGGGGCAAGGAGUCAGAGGGCGUGGAGGUGAGGGGAGCCAAGGGAGGGGAGACGGAGGCAGCAGAGGAGAGGGAGGAGUCGUUGCCUCGGAGGGGCACGGGCGCUGGCAGGGCAGCUGUGGUGGUGCGUGUGUGGCUGGCAAGGGAGGCACGCUGGUCCGCCCCCCUUGCUGUUGCGCCCGGCUGCCUUGGCCUGCCCUCUGCGAGCCACCCAGGGAAGGGGCUGGGGGGGACAACGGGCAGGAAAGGCGGGGGAGAUAUGGCGGCAGCAGAGUGUGAAAGAGCGGUAGCAGUGGUGGAUGGCAGUGAUGGUUGCUCGCUCACCUUCCUGCUCACCACUGAUGCCUGUGUUCCCGUCUCAGGCCCGCCCUUACCCCCACCGCCACACGGGCGAGAGAGUGUGUGGGUGCGCCUCAUGCUGCCCUCCUCCAUCCUCCCCCUCCCAGCUCCCCCUUCCUCCUCCUCACUCCCCACCGCGCCCCCCAGCAGUGCGCCUGACCCCUUGCGCCGCUGGCAGGGUCCCCUGUGUGUGGAGCUCUGGCCUGCCGCCCUCCUCUGCAACGCCCUGCCGCUGCCCCUCCGCGCACGCCUUCUGCCCCUGCAGGGCGCGUCCACCACGAAAUGUAGCGAGGACGGACACGAGAGGUUGAAGGAAGGGAACUGUCAAGAGGAGCAGCAGCAGGAGCAGCAGCAGGAGCGGGACAGAGGGGCGGCGGAGGUGGCAGUGGGGACAGCAGAGGAGGUGGCUGUGGGCGGUGGCAUGUGGGAAGAGUGUGCUUUGCAGCUCGCACUGCCCUGCACUCCCGCCACCACUGCUGCAGCACACACGCCAACCAGCCAUGGCACCAGUGGCAGCUGGACUGCUGCUGCCUCGCUCCACCCGCCCGCACAUCCCUGUGCUGAAGCCUCCCUGUGGAGCGCACCCCUUGCGCUCUCCCUUGCCGCCCCCGACCAGCAAGCAGCCACUGUCUCUGCCAGCUGCCGGGGUGACAUCACUGACUGGUCUGCAGGCAAUGCUGAUGUGUCGCGCUGGGAUUCGCCGAUUCCAGCUGUAGGGAAGCGGCAUGCCGUGUGGCUUCCACAGGCGGAUAGCGAGAGUCUCCUCUGUGUGCUGGCAGCAUCACUCUAUCGCCCCUCUCACCACCCAUGUGCUCACGCUGCUGCCGCCGCUGCCCUGCCAGCCGAUGCGCCCCUGCCACCGCCCGUGCCAGCGCUGCUGCUCUCAGUGCACCCCGUGGCAGUGCUGCACAACCACCUGCCCUUCCCCCUCGCUCUCGCCCUGCACGACGCCCCCUGCCCCGACCUCGUCAUUCCCCCCUCCCACUCCCGCCCCUUCGCCUGGCCCUCUCUCUCCCACGCCCUCCUCUCCCCCUCCCUCUCCUCUACGCCAACUGCAUUCUCCCCUGCUUCCUCUGCUGCCGCCUCCUCUCUUUCCACCCCCACUACUGCAUCUGGCCCGGGUGCCAACCCUAGGAGGCAUGCUCGGGGGUGGUCAGUGCGGCUUGGGGUGCCAGGAGGGUUGGAGGCAUCCAUGGGUAGCGGUGGGGGGAUGGGGGGCGGAGGUGGGGGGGAGGGGGAACCACGAGGAUGGGCGUGGUCGUCUACCGUGCUGGUGCGGGGGGAGGGGGAGGCGGAGGGAGAGAGGUCAGGGGGCGGGGGCAGCAGUGAGCGGGUGUCCAUCGUGACGCUCAGCUCUCACGGCCCCUCGCACCUGCACUGCCUGCUCUCCGUCUCCCACGUCCCCCUCCCAUCAUCCCAUCCGCCUUCUGCUCCCACCCCCACGUCUCCCUCUCAGCCUGUCUGCCCUCUCCCCUCGCACACCACGCACCUCUCUGUGCUGCCCGCCGCCCUGCUCUCCAACCUCACGCCCUUCCCCCUCCACUUCCUCCUAGAUGAUCCCCCCCCUGCCCCUCCCCAUCCCCUGCGCCCAUCCUCGCUGCACCACACCCCUCCCGCCCUGCCUGCCUCCGCUGGUCUGUGUCCCCCCGGUGCUACUUGCCUGCCCCUCACGCUCUUCCCCUGGCGACCCCUCCUCUCCUCCUCGCCCUCUCUGCCUGACUCCUCUGCCUCCAGCAGCAGCAGCAGCAGCAGUGGCAGCAGUGAGAGUGACAGUGAGAGGGACGGAGAGGGAAGCGAUCGUGACAUUGGUGGUGGUGGUGUUGCAUGGAAGCAGCGGCAGAAGCAGAAGCAGAGGAGGAGGAGGGGGAAGGCAGGAGGCGAAGGGGUAAGAGGAGGUGGCGGGGAGGACGGGUGGGAUAGGCGGCUGGCAGCGCUGGGAGGAGUGCGCCUGGGCAUGGCGGCACGUGCAUGUGCUGCUGAGGCAAGAGAGCAAGGGGGAGCAGCAGCAGCAGCAGCAGCAGCAGUGUGUGGCAGUGAGCAGCGCUACCAGCACAACCAGCACCUACAUGACGAAUCUUCUCUGCCUGCUCGCCCCUCCCAUUCAUGCCCGCUGCUCUGGUCGCCGCCCGUGCCUCUCUCCCGCUUCGCAGUCUCGCAGCGCCUGCUCCUCCCCGACCCCUCUGGCACCUGCCAUGCCGCCCUCCUCACCGCCUCCCUCCUGCCCUCCGCCGGCCAAUCAGAGGGCGCCACGUGGCAGCCGCACCUAGUGGUGCACGUGGAUGCACAGCCGCCGUGGCGCAUUGAGAACGAGACAGGUGUGUGUGUGGACGUGAGGGGGGCGGCCGAUGAGGCAGACGCCUUUGUAGCGCGAGUGGGGGCGGGGCGGUCACUUGCCUUCCAUGCUGCCGCCCUGCCUCUCCCCACCCCCUCUUCCUCUGCUGCCUCUGCUGCUAGUGCCGCUGCCGACAGUGGCGGUGCUGCGGAUGCAAGGCGCAAUGAUGCGAGUGGCAGUGGGGGCAGCGAGGGAGGGCGUGAGGGGAGUGAGUGGAUGCAGGCGGGGGUGGUGGGGGGAAUGGCCAUCAAGAAGCGCAAGUGGCAUGGCCGCUCACAGCACCACCGCAAGCACACACAUGCUCAUACGCGUCCACUGAUACCCGGUGCAUUGAACCUGGACGAGGAGACGGACGAUGCCGUCAUGGCCCACAUUCAGCGCAUCUCAGGCGAUGGGCGCAUAACACAAAAGAGCACAGGCGGGCGAGCAGCAACAGGGGGCAUCUGUGUGCGGGCAGAGGGGGCGCAGGAGUGGAGCGAGCCCAUCUCAGUGGGGCAAGGGCGGGGGGAAAGGGAGGGCGAGGGCGAGGGGGAGCUGCUGCUGCACGUGCCGUGUGGCGGCAGCAGCGGGGCGGUGGAGGGCGGGGGGAACUGGCUGCUGCUGCACGUGUGUGUGUGGAGGGAGGGCGCCACCGCUGUGUGCCGCAUCGCCCAUGCCGCCUCUCGCCCUUCCAGCCCCUUCGCUCUGUCCCUGCCUGGCCGCCGCAUGCCCCCUGCCAUGGCGCCUCUGCCCCCUGCUGCUCUGCAUGUGGGUCUGCAGCGAGAGCUCAGUGGCGCCAAGGACAUGCGGCAUGACUCACCGCAGCGGCUGCAGUGA